CCGGGGCUGGAAAGAGUGUGGUGUCAGCUGCACACAGGGAUUGGGAGGUCGGAGUGCACUCUGGCCUGUCUGGGACAGCCACGGAAUCCAUUCUCUCUCUGGAAUAAGGACAGAAAGGACUCUUCUAAAUAGGAAGACCUGGUGCUCGUGCACAGAAGAAAGGAGACCCCCAUGGAAAGGAAGAUGAAGGACUGAUGGCAGUGCUCCAACAGAGACAUAUUGGAUGACCAUUGUUUUUAAUGGAAGAUGAUUGAAAGUGAAAACUUAAAUCGAAGUGAAAUCAUUAAAGAACUGUGCUUGUGUAACGGUUUGUCUUAUGAGAUGGUUGGACAAGAAGGAUCAGACGCUUCAAAACUGGAGAUGUUUUUCUUAGGGUACCCCCGUAUAGUUGGAUUAUCACUGUUUCAUAAUUUAUCAAGUCUUACAAUUGUUGCUCAAGACAUAAAGGAAAUUUCAGGGUUGGAGACGUGUUUACAGCUUACAGAGCUGUGGAUUGCAGAGGGCUACAUCGAGAAAAUUGAAGGCCUUCAAGAAUGUAGAAAAUUGGAAAAAUUGUAUUUAUGCUACAAUAAAAUUUCCAAAAUAGAGAAGUUAGAAAAAUUAAUAAAAUUGGAAGUUCUUUGGCUGAAUCACAAUAUGAUAAGAAAUAUUGAGGGCUUGCAUACUUUGAAGAAUCUAAAAGACCUCAACCUUGCUGGAAAUCUAAUAAGCAGCAUUGGUCAAUGUCUUGAUCCCAAUGAACAACUGGAAAAACUAAACCUUUCUGGAAAUCAAAUUACUUCUUUCAAGGACCUUACUAACUUGACCAGGCUGCCUCGCUUAAAGGAUUUAUCCCUGAAUGAUCCUCAGUAUAAGACUAACCCAGUGUGUCAGCUGUGUAAUUACUCCACCCACGUAUUGUACCACUUGCCUUCUCUUCAGCGUCUUGACACAUUUGACGUAUCAGCGAAGCAAGUCAAGGAGCUAGCAGACACCACAGUGAUGAAGAAAAUAAUGUAUUAUAACAUGCGAAUAAAAACGGUCCAGAGACAUCUGAACGAAGAACUUGAAAAACUGAAUGACAGAAAAUGCAAGUUACAGAAGCUACCAGAAGAACGGAUAAAAUUAUUCAACCAUGCCAAAAAAACUUUAGAACGGGAACUGGCUGAACUCAGGGGAUCUGGUAAAGGGCAGAGUGAGUACGCGUCAGAGGCUGAGAGACCCGGGAAUAGCGAGGCUACCGUGCAAGAAUCGCUUAUGCAGCAAAAAAUACUCACCAAACUGACUGCCCUGGAUGAGAGGCUCACUUUCUGGAACAAGAAACUACAUGAAAUUGAAGCACUUUAUCAUACCGAAGUAAGACGGAAGAAGAAGAGCCAUGGCUUACUGACCCCAUUUUUGCUGACUGAGUUGGAGACUGUGGGGAAUAUCCAUUUUGAAGAAGGCACUCGAGCUGAUGACUGGUUUAAUUCCUGCUAUGAACUGAUUCUCUCACGUUUCUGUACCUGGGAGUUCAGUGCGUAUGGCAUCACAGGAGUAAAAGUCAAGCGAGUCAUUAAAGUCAACAACCGCAUUCUGAGACUGAAAUUUGAAGAGAAAUUCCAAAAAUGUUUGGAUCAUGAGGAUAUACACGACUCGGAGAGCUGUCAAAAGAUGCUGGAGUGCCUUUUCUAUGUUUUUGAUCCUGAAGUCACAGUAAAGAAAAAGCACCUGCUACAGAUACUUGAAAGCGGAUUCAGAGACAGUGAAACAAACAAGCUCCCUCUCGGAAGAGAAGCCGUUACCCUUGUCAACAGCCUCAGCAUGUGCGAGUGCCCCCGGAUUGAGUUCCUCCAGCAGAGGCACAAGGGUGACAUGAAAAGCCUGGCCGACUGUGACCUCUUCAGACACGGUAUCAUCCUCAUCGCAAAGGUCUUUCUUGGCCAGAGUGUUCAGGCUCGUGAACAGGAGCCCAUCAGCCAAGCCAACUACCCCAUGGUUAACUCAGUGUUUGUUCCUCAGAGGCAUUUCCUAAGAGAAAGAAAUUGCGAUUGCAGCUACCGGCAGUACAAGUGGUUUGUCUUUGACCACGACCUUGUUUUACCGGAGUACAUCGUUGAAUUUGAGUAUACCACAGUGGUCCAAGUUCACUCUUUAUUUUCCACAUUAAACAAUAUUAUUCUAGAAGAAGGCAAAAAAUAUUCUGAAGGAUUAGUGUUCUCACAGGAUUUGAAAUUUGAUGAUGAAGUUAUAAAGAUGGAGCCCAAGAUUAAGCCCCGCACAAAACUCAUUAGUCUGGACGAUAAGACGAUCUUCUCCCUUGCGAAGACUAACGUCUACAGCCACAUUGUGAAUCUGAAUCUACAUGGAAACAGCUUGAGUAAACUGAGAGAUCUUUCCAAGUUAACCGGACUUCGAACACUGAACAUUAGCUUUAAUGAGUUCACUUGCUUAGAUGAUGUGUACCACUUGUACAACCUUGAGUAUUUGGACGCUAGCCACAACCACGUGAUAACGCUGGAGGGAUUCCGAGGCCUGCUGAAACUGAGGCAUUUAGACUUGAGCUGGAACCAGCUGAAGAAGACUGGCGACGAGAUCAACGUGCUGUGUAAACACACCACCAGCCUCCUCACUCUCGACAUUCAGCACAAUCCCUGGCAAAAGCCAGCCACAUUGAGGCUGAGUGUUAUCGGCAGACUAAAGACUCUAACACACCUAGACGGAAUCCUCAUCUCAGAAGAAGAAGCCAGAGCGGCUCUGAAGUUCAUUAGUGGAACAAAGAUGACUCAGUUAACCCUCUUACAGCAUUCUAGUUCUAAAGAGGAAAGACCUCGGAUGCUUAGUAUAUGGCCUUCUGCCAAAAUCCUGACACAGAUUUCAAAGUUAGGACCACAUUUUCAUCUGACUGGGAACUGGUACUUGAAGAUAACUGCCUUAAAUUUAGAUGGACAACAUCUCUUUGAAAUCACAAAUCUAGAAAAAUUGGAGAAUUUGAAAUGGGCAUCGUUCAGCAAUAAUAACCUCUCCAACAUGGAAGGCUUGGAAUCAUGCGUCAACCUGGAGGAGCUUACAUUAGACAGCAACUGCAUCUCAAAGAUAGAAGGCAUCGCCAGGCUGACUAAGUUAAGCCGCCUCAGCAUGAACAACAACCUUCUCACAGGCCUGGAGAAGCAUACCUUUGAUAACAUGCUUCAUCUCCACUCCCUCUCUCUCGAGAACAACAGGAUCACCUCACUGAGCGCCUUACAGAAGACGUUCACUCUGAUCGAGCUAUACAUAAGCAAUAACUACAUAGCUGUCAACCAAGAGAUCUACAACUUAAAGGGUUUAUGCAACUUGGUCAUUCUAGACAUGUAUGGAAACAUUAUUAUAUGGAACCAAGAAAACUACCGGUUGUUUGUAAUAUUUCAUCUUUCAGAACUGAAGGCCUUGGAUGGAGUCUCAAUUGAACUGCCAGAAAUUGAGAGUGCAAAGGAUUUGUUUGGUGGUAGACUUACCUCUGACAUGGUUGCCGAGCGACAAGGACACUCAAACUUUCUCCAAAUGCAAGAUCUAAACUGGACUUCAUCAUCCAUCAGGACUGUGGAUCUGAUUCCUAUUGACCACUUCAGGAACGUGACCAACGUCAAUCUCCAGAACAACAACCUCACUUCAUUCAGCGGCCUCAUCUACCUGCCCAACGUGAAGGUCUUAUCCCUCAACUAUAAUCACAUUGAGUCAAUCAUGCCGAGACUGAAACCUCAAACCCACUUAAGCAGCAGACAGCUGCUCUACCAGAAAGUGCCCUCAAGCGGCUAUGGGCAGCAAGGAGCCUCAAAACUAAACAGAGAUUCAGUAAGCAACGAAAACUUGCCUCCAAUAAUGCAAAGUUUAGAAGUUCUUCAUUUGGGGUACAAUGGAAUUUGUAACUUAGUUCAACUACAACUUAACAGACUAAUAAACUUAAAGUUCCUCUUUCUACAAGGAAAUGAGAUCAGUCAGGUGGAAGGGCUGGACAACCUGGUCGUCCUUCAGGAGCUGGUGGUCGACCACAACCGCAUCCGAGCGUUUAAUGACAGUGCUUUUGCCAAGCCGAGUUCCCUGCUGACCCUCCACCUAGAGGAAAACAGGCUGCGGGAGCUGGGCAAACUACAGUCUCUGGUUAAGCUGGAGAAGCUCUUCCUAGGAUAUAACAAGAUCCAGGAUAUUGCAGAACUGGAAAAGCUUGAUGUCAUCCCUUCUCUCAGAGAGCUUACUGUCUAUGGCAAUCCGAUUUGUAGAAAAAUGAUGCAUCGCCAUGUGCUCAUAUUCCGCCUGCCUAAUUUACAGAUGUUGGAUGGAACUCCUAUAAAUGCUGAUGAUAGGGCAAAGGCUGAGUUUCAUUUCUCUGAACUACAAGCAAAAAAAAAUUCAACUGUCCAGAGCAACAUCCCCACUUCCAAGUCCUUGUCUCAGCCCCACCUGCAAGCUCCUUUGCCGUGUAAGUUCGUUCCUGUUACCAACUCUCCUCCGGAUGGUGGGUCAUUGUGCCACGUUAAAGCCUCUCCCAUUAAAAUAACAAAUGUUAUUCUGCCUGCUGGAUUUAGCCAUUUCUUGGGACCUGACUUCACCUUAACUCCUGAAGUUGAAGGUAUUUUUACAAAGAGUUUCAGAGAAAAUGUAAAAACAAACAAACAACAGCAGCAGCAACAAUAAAAACAACAACAACAACAAAAACCCUCAUUUGAAACAGCCAUCUCAUUUGACUUCUAA